UUUAAAAAAUACAAUUGAAAUGGCUGUAGAAGAACCUGAUGUUUUGAAAAAUGUUUUAAUGUCAAACUCUUUCCUUCAUCUUGUCUCUGAGCUGAUGGAGGGAUGUAGCAGUGAGAUGGCAGCUUUCUCUCAGAAUAUGCUGACAGUCAGCGUGUUACUGAGUGUCUUCUUUCUUCCAGGAGUUCAGACUGGAUGUAAAAACAAAGACCCAGCCCUCAUCAUUACUGCACCAAAGGAGAUGGAAGCUCUCAAUGGAUCCUGUUUGCUAAUCCCAUGUAGCUUUAGAGAAAAACCAGAGAAACCAGGAGAAAAGUUUGACAACAAGAGAGAAAUAUUUGGAGUUUGGAUUAAAAGUGAUUCAGCAUUUGGAAACAAUCCAAACAACGUGAUUUACAACAGCAGUCGGUCACAAAACAGCUACGCAGUGAACAUUUCUGGAAACCUGAGAGAGAAGAACUGCACCUCUGUGUUUUUUAAUGUAAACUCAAGUCAAACAAAGCGUUACUUCUUCAGGAUUGAGAACUGGCUGUUCAGAGGAACAGCUUCCUGUGAUCCUGUUAAUAUAACAGUUAGAGAUUCUGCUUGGAGCCCCAGGAUUGAAAUCUCAGGUGACGUGAAGGAGAAGAACUCUGUCACCGUAACGUGCUCAGCUCUCACUCCCUGUCCAUAUUCACCUCCUGAACUCACCUUGAACCUCCAGCCAAACCCUCACAGACAGAUGGAGAGGAACACAGAUGGAACGUUUACAACUACAAUCCAGCAGAAAAUCACUCUGUCAGGCUCAAAUGAUGUUUCCAACAUCACCUGCUCUGUCAGAUAUCCUGUGAAUGGAGGAAAACACAAGACAGCAAAUACAGAAGUGACUCUCAGUGUUUCCUAUGCUCCUAAAAGCACCUCAGCAUUUAACUGGGUGGAGCUGAACUGCUCCAGCAGAGCCAGUCCUCCCAUCAGCUGCAUCACCUGGUCCAAGAACAGCACUUAUAAAGCCAUGAUAGUAGCUGAAGGAGACGUCAGAUUAACCGUCUAUGAGGGAGAAGUCGACUGCCGUAACGUCUCUGAUAAGUUCUCUAAAGAUAAUCUGCUGAUUCCCCUCAUUACAGUGACUGUUGUCGUUGUGCUCAUCUUCCUGGUUGUAUGGUUCUUGAAGUCCAGACGUACUGCUGUACAACACAAUCAGACUGAAGCACCUGAGGAGCCUGGUGUUCUUGCAUCUAGUGAUACAAAAAUGCCAUCAUUAAAAGGCGUUCUUCAAACACCAUCUAAUGAAAGGCAGGAAGAACUUCACUAUGGGGAUGUGAACUUCAUAAAGAAACCUUCCCGUGUCUCAGAGAGUACCAGUGGAGACCAGCAGGAGACGCUGUACUCCCAGGUCAAAGUGUCUGAGCCAAAGAACAGAUCAGCUGACAGCUCAGAUCCUCUCUACUCUACGGUACAGAAACCUGGCUGAAACUUACAGAAACUCUGUUCUUAUUACUUACAGUUGGGGACAGGAGUCCUAACACAAUAAUAAUGGGCUUGUUUAUUUUUUUCAGAUUUUUUUGUUUGUUUGUUUGUUUGGAUGCUUCGGUACUGAUGUGGUGUGAGAGUGAUAUGUAUAGUUUGCAGGUUUUUGUACUUUAAUUUAUCUUCUGAUCUUUGUUGUAUUUUAUUUUCAUUAUUUACUGCAAAGUAAGCAAUUAUCUCAAUAUUUGAAAAUGUAAUAUUUACACUUAAAUAAACAAUGUCUAGAUACAGU